GCGGAUCAAAAAAAACAAAACUCCUCUCUCUAUCUUCAGCUGAGCUUCUUCAACCAAAAAAACCAUAAAUAGUACUAGUCACUGAGCUCUGCAAACAGAAAACCAGAAAAGAAAAUGGCAGAAAAUGGAAACAAACCAUACAAAGCCCAUGUCCUAGUCCUCCCAUUCCCAGCCCAAGGCCACAUAAACCCCAUGCUCCAGUUCUGCAAGCGCCUGGCUUCCAAAGGCCUCAAGACCACCUUUGUCAACACCCUCUUCAUCUCCUCCAACACUCAACCCUCCGCCUCCUCCCUCAUCUCCACCGCCAUCAUCUCCGACGGCUACGACGAGUGCGGCUUUGCCGGAGUGGGUGACACCGGAUCCUACCUGGCCAGGUUCCGCUCCGUCGGAUCCGAGACCCUCUCGGAUCUGAUCAAGAAGCUGGACGGGCAGGACCCGCGGGUGGACGGGCUGAUUUACGACCCGUUCCUCCCGUGGGCCCUGGACGUGGCCAGGGAGUUUGGGCUUGUCGGGGCCGCGUUUUGUACGCAGUCUUGUACCGUGAGCAAUGUUUAUUACCACGUGCGUAAGGGGAUUCUUAAGCUCCCGUUUGAGGAAGGGAAGGCUAUUUUGGUCCCGGGGUUGCCGCCGCUCGAGCGGUCGGAGGCGCCGUCGUUUGUUGGUGACUACGGGUCGUACCCGGCGCUUUGUGAUAUGCUUGUGAAUCAGUUUUCGAACAUUGAUAAGGCGGAUUGGGUGCUUUUUAAUACUUUCUACGAUCUAGAGGAAGAGGUGGUGGAUUGGAUGGCAAAACAAUGGAGAAUGAUCAGGACAAUAGGCCCAACGAUUCCAUCAAUGUACCUGGACAAGCAACUCCCAGAUGACAGAGAAUAUGGACUCAGCCUCUUCAAGCCAAAAUCCACCGAGUGCAUGAACUGGCUCAACACAAAGCCAGCCAACUCUGUCAUCUACAUCUCCUUCGGAAGCAUGGCAGAACUCGAAACAGAACAAUUCGAAGAAAUAGCAUGGGGCCUAGAAGUAACCGACUACUCCUUCCUGUGGGUGGUCAGGGACUCCGAGCGAUCUAAGCUCCCCGAGAAGCUCGUGGAUUUGGCGCGCGGGGAGAAAGGCUUGCUGGUGACGUGGAGCCCGCAGCUCGAGGUCCUGGCCCACGAGUCGGUCGGGUGCUUUGUGACUCACUGCGGGUUCAACUCCGUCCUCGAGACGUUGAGUUUGGGCGUGCCGGUGGUGGCGGUGCCCCAGUGGACCGACCAGCGGACGAAUGCGAAGUAUGUGGAGGAGGUGUGGGGGGUGGGGGUUAGGGCUGGGAAGGAUGAGAGGGGGAUUGUGAGGAGAGAGGUGUUGGGGGAAUGCAUAAGGGAGGUGAUGGAAGGAGAGAGUGCGGAAGCGAUUAAGAGGAAUGCGGUCAAGUGGAAGAAGUUGGCUAGAGAGGCGGUUGGCGCGGGCGGGAGUUCGGACAAGAAUAUCGAUGAAUUUGUUGCCGAAUUGAUGAGUAAAUCCUAGAUGUUUUGUGGAGUAGUAAAUUACUGUUCUCAAAUUCCAAGGAAGCACGAUUCUUAGAAAUCUCUUUUGUGUAUUAGGAUUCGUAUGUAUUGGUGGUUUUUAGUACUUCAAUAAAAUGUAAUGUUUGAAGAACUUAGUAUGUAUUGGUGGUUUUUAGUACUUCAAUAAAAUGUAAUCUUUGAAGAA